GCUGAGCAUUCUCAAACAACCAAAGCCACAUACAUCCCUUGCUCGAUAGCCUCACCAUUGUGGGCAGCUUGCUUGCUUUCUCAUGGCAGCAAAUCAGCUACCAGAACCGUCAUGGGAGGAACUGCUCGGUAGUAAAAACUGGGACUCGCUUCUCGAUCCUUUUGAUCUCUCACUUCGCAAGCUCAUCCUCCGCUGCGGUGACUUCUGCCAAGCAACAUAUGACGCCUUCAACAACGACCAAAACUCCAAGUUCUGCGGCGCAAGCCGCUAUGGUAGGUCCUCUUUCUUCGACAAAGUCAUGCUGGAAUCUUCCUCCGAUUACAGAGUCGAGUCAUUUCUCUAUGCCACUGCUCGCGUCUCUCUCCCCGAAGCCUUUUUGCUCCACUCCAGGUCAAGGGAAUCCUGGGACCGCGAGUCCAACUGGAUUGGCUACAUCGCCACCACGUCCGACGAAACAUCGAAAGCCCUCGGUCGACGCGAGAUCUACGUAGUGUGGCGAGGAACCACCAGAGACUAUGAGUGGAUUAAUGUCCUUGACGCCAAGCUUGAGCCUGUCGAACCCCUUUUGCGAGUCGAUGAAAAUACCAACAACCAAAAAGAUGGUAAUAGUAGCAGCAGCAGUGACAGUGAUGAUGAAAACAAGAAGCAGCCUAAAGUGAUGCUCGGCUGGCUGACGCUUUACAUUUCUGACAAUCCCAAAUCAUCUUUUACAAAAAUAAGUGCAAGGGCACAGCUUUUGGGUAAGAUUAAAGAGUUGAAAGAGAGACACAUGGAUGAAAACGUAAGCAUAGUGUUCACUGGGCAUAGUUUGGGGGCUAGUUUAUCAAUUUUAAGUGCUUUUGAUGCGGUUGAGAAUGGCAUAGUCGACGAUAUUCCUGUUGCAGCUAUUGUAUUUGGUUCACCACAGGUGGGAAAUAAGGCUUUUGAUGAGAGAAUGAAAAGGUAUCCGAAUCUUACAAUUUUGCAUAUAAAGAACACGAUCGAUAUCAUUCCUCACUACCCUAGCUUGUUGUUGGGGUACGUUUAUACCGGGACCGAAUUGGUAAUCGAUACGAGGAAGUCUCCGAGCUUGAAGGACUCGAAGAACCCCAGUGAUUGGCAUAAUUUGCAGGCAAUGUUGCACAUAGUAGCAGGGUGGAAUGGAGAGAAAGGAGAGUUUAAGGUGAGAGUGAAGAGAAGUUUGGCUUUGGUGAACAAGUCUUGUGCGUUUUUAAAAGAUGAGUGCUUGGUGCCCGGUUCAUGGUGGGUGGAGAAGAACAAAGGGCUUGUGAGAAAUGAAGAUGGGGAGUGGGAAAUGACUCCACCGACCGAUGAGGACUACCCUACACCUGAAUAAUCUUUGGCGACUAAUAGUUUAAUUUGGUCUUCUUUUUCUAGCUUUUUGUUUUGUCUUGUUUCAUUUUUAUGUCUUGGUCCCUUCAUCUAGGAGAUUUGCUGCAAAUAUAGGAAAUCAAGUGCUAUUU